UCAUACUAUGGAUUGGUUUGGGAGUAUUAAUUAUCAGCACUUACACAACUUUAUCAGCAAUACAAGAGAUUCCAACAAAAAUGGAAGCCGUGGAACCAGACAAUCUGCCUAGAGAAAUAAAUAAGGAACAGGACUCUGCUAAAAUUUCAGAUCAAGAUCCUGCAAUUCAAGUUGUGGCUGAUAACCGUGACAGACCCAAACUGGUGAAUGAGAAAGAAGAGGUGGAACAACCACAGAUCAAAGUUCCCAUGGAUAUGCCUAAGAGAGAAGACAAGGAGAAACCAAAGGAGGAGGUACAACUGGACCGGCCUGAUCAAGGCAUUGCACAACCUGUGGGAGAAGCCCAUCGCCAUGAGCCGCCAGUACCACGUGAUGGGGUAGCAGUGGAUGAGGGCCAGGACCGGGAGGACUCUGAGCAGAAUCGGCCACCAGCAGACAAGGAUGUCCUGGUAGAGAACAAUGCUGUGGUGGAGAAGGAAGAACCUAAGAUUGUUCCCAAACAAGCCGAUGAAGAGAAUGGCCAGAAAAAGUUGGAAGACCAGCCCAUAAAAGAUCACAAGCCAGUGCCCGAGGUCGUUGCACACAAGGACGAUCAGUCUCUUCACAGAGAUGUUCAGCUAGAAAAGCAGAAUGAGAAGAGAGACAAGGCUGUGGGCGGGAAGAACGGUGCCAAUUUGCAAGCAGUUGAACAUGGCAAAGAAAGGGUAAAAUCCAUGGAGAUGGAAAACGAAGCACAUGAUAAAAAAGACGCAGCUUCUUCAGAGAAGCUUGGUCCAGGCCAAAGUGAGCAAAGAGAGGUUCGUAAUGCAGAAGACAAGCUUGAGAGCAAGCUCGAGGGAGAUGAGGAGAAGCAGCUAGACCAUGCCGUCCUGUUGCAAGUGAUAAAGGAACAGCAGGUUCAGCAAAAGCAACUCUUAGAUCAGCAGGCAAAAUUGUUAGCAGUGAUUGAGGAACAGCACAAAGAGAUCCACCAGCAGAGGCAAGAGGACGGAGGCGAGGAAAAGCCAAAGCAAGAAAUCCAGCUGGAACAGGGCCUAUCUUUGACCAAGAGUAAAGAGAGAGAAGAUCACCCUGACAACAAAAUUGAAAAUGCUCCAAAGAAUAUACCAAGUGAUAACCUGGGCCAUCCUUUGCAUCCGCCUGAGAACCAGCCCCAAAAUCCUGAUGAAAUUAAAAGGCAGCAGGCCAUUGGUCCAGGAGACUUAAAACCUAUACAAAACAAAUUAACUGAAAUUCCCCCUAAAAAUCUUAUGGCUCAAAUAAACGAUGAUGAGAAAAUUGUACAACACCAAGCUAAUGCAAACCACAAAGAGGAGCUAGAACCAGUCAGGAGUGAUUCACAGAUAGCUAGGCCUGACGGACACCACCAGGAAAAGCAAGCCAAGGCUGAAGAUUUGAAAAGGCAGGAGAUUCAAGUGGCAGACAAUAUUGAGAAAAGAAAGGAGGCUGUGAAAAGGGCUGAAAGCCAAAGGGAGAGACCAGAGGUAGCCGACAUCCAUGGUGCCGAGGGAAGGAUUCCUCAUAUAGCUUCUGAGAGUGAGUCCCUUGCCAAGGAGGUCAGAAAAGACUUCCACGAUCCAGAGAUUCCACUUAAACCAAAGAUUGCUGAUAACAUACCAGGGAAAUUGGAAGUCCAUGAAACUGUGAAAGCUGACCACGGUGGGGAAAGACAGAGCUUACCUUUGGACCAGGUUGACAGAUUACAGGGCCAAGGGGCCAAGAGUAAAGAGAGGAUGGCCACUGGAUCCCAUCAUCCACAGCUGAGUAAUGCCAAUGAUCAAGGGCACGAUUCAAAGAGAGAGCAAAGGAUCCCAGAGAGCUUGCAUGAAGCUGACAGUGACCAUAUCUUACAGGCAGACAUAGUUAGGCCUGAGUCCAGGGAUCAUGAAAAGGCCAAACCCAACAGAGACCUCAAGCUACAAGCAGACCUGGACCUACGCCGCAAAAGGCGAGAUCUGGAAGAGGAGGAGGGAGGUGUAAUAUUUGGACUUAACCCCGUCCCAGAUGUGAAAGUCAAUGACCUCCGUAGCGCGUUAGACACUAGGUUCAAUCAGGCAGCAGAAGGUGCCCAGCAAGCCCUUCACAGCCGACAGAUUAAACAGAUACCAGCGGGAGAAGAAGAGGCGUGAAAGUCUUUGCACUCUAGGGAAACGUAGGAAUCCACCAGCUGCUUAAAGGUGUCUGUUACGGAGCUAACUGCCAUUGGUAUAUAACCGUUGGCAACCCAGGUCAAUCUGAACUGAGCCCCAAUGACUGAGCAUUGUUUGCUCUGGCAGAAAGAGGAAUUUCCAUGCUGCCAGCCAAUUUCAUUCUUCAAAAACGCUCUCCUCGCUCUGCUGGUAGCUUGUGUGCAAAACCCACGUUCAUCUGUUUUCUGGGUUCCGAAAAUGCUUUACACUUGCCAUCUUUCCAAAGAAGCAUGCCCGUUUUUAUUCCUGCUCAGAUACUUUUAAUGGUUUAAUUUCUAUGUCUAGUGUCUGUUGACUUGUUAUUUUAUCUCGUUGGAAAAUCCCUUUAUGGGUAUGUGGAUGUUAAUCCGCCCUUAAAUUAAUGUUUGGAUUUUUGUGUUCUACCAU